GGUCGGAGCUGGCACUCCCCGGGCGCCCCCUGGCGGCGCACUUCGGCGGGGUUUCAGUUCCCGGCGGCCCUCGCGGCAGGUUCCGGCCGUAAGGGCAGUUCGUGAUGGCGGGAGCUGGUUCCGCCGCUGUGUCCGGGGCAGGAACCCCCGUGGCGGGGCCCGCAGGCCGCGACCUCUUCGCGGAGGGGCUCCUCGAGUUCCUGCGACCGGCUGUGCAGCAGCUUGACUCUCACGUCCACGCCGUCAGAGAGAGCCAAGUAGAGCUCCGGGAACAAAUUGACAACCUAGCUACCGAACUGUGCCGUAUCAAUGAGGAUCAGAAAGUGGCCCUGGAUCUCGACCCCUAUGUGAAGAAGCUCCUUAAUGCCCGGCGACGAGUCGUCUUGGUUAACAACAUCCUACAGAAUGCCCAGGAACGGCUGAGGCGGCUAAACCACAGUGUUGCCAAGGAAACAGCCCGAAGGAGGGCAAUGCUGGAUUCAGGAGUUUACCCCCCUGGUUCCCCAAGCAAGUAACAGGCCAGAAGAUGGGCCCAUGGCCACAGAAUAGCACAAAUACCGUUCCCCGGCUGCCUGUUUCCUCCAGGACUCCCUGUAGGUGUUGGGACAUCAAAAGGGCAGCCCUGUGGUUUGUUUGAAGCACUUCAGUCUUACCCAUUUAUGUGGGGCCCAAAGAAACCUGUGUAGAGCAGGACUCAGGAUCCCAAAGGGUUUAUUUUGGCUCUUGCUUCCAAGAAUGAGCUGAGGCCUGUACAUUUUCUUUUUUUUAAGCUCCAAACUCAAGGCCCACCUCCUCUACCAUCUCGAGCCUCAUUAACAAGGGAGGGGCUUCCUCUGUUACAUGCGAGGUUGUUGGACCUGGGCAGAAUGUCCUCUACCUGUGACUUCCAAUAUUCUUUUGUUUACACUAGAAAGGGCAGGCAAAGUCAAGGUGAAUGACCCACCUACCCUCUUUGUUGACUGCACUGGCUUGACUACUGUAGCAGUGUUACUAGAACCAUUUAAUUCAAUAAAUGCUUAAAUGGUA